CUCGACUAGACGUGACUGUUUAAAGAUGGCGCCGUAAAGCCCAUGAUUUGUUUUCUACGGGUACAAAGUAUGUUUAAGUGCAUUAACCGAACAGCCCACAUAACCAGAUAUCUCAAGUCAACAGGAAACAGCAUCUGUGUCAACCAAGGUUUUAGGCCGGUGUCAUCCUUACCUCUCAGAAUGACCGAACCAGCUGUGAGCAGGGUGGUCACUGCUAUAAUUCGCUCUCCUGAAGACAAACGGGACUACAGGGGCCUGGAGUUCACCAAUGGACUGAAGGCUAUGCUCAUAAGCGAUCCCACUACAGACAAGUCAUCAGCUGCUUUGGACGUGCACAUAGGUUCACUGUCAGACCCAGAGAAUAUCUCAGGCCUGGCGCACUUCUGUGAACACAUGCUGUUUCUGGGAACCGAAAAGUACCCCAAGGAAAAUGAAUACAGCCAGUUCCUCAGCGAGCAUGCAGGAAGCUCCAAUGCCUUCACAAGCGGGGAGCACACCAACUAUUACUUUGACGUGUCCCAUGAGCACUUAGAAGGCGCUUUAGACAGGUUUGCCCAGUUCUUUCUGUGCCCUCUGUUUGACGAGAGCUGUAAGGACCGGGAGGUGAAUGCUGUGGACUCUGAACAUGAGAAGAACCUGAUGAAUGAUGCUUGGAGGCUUUUUCAGCUGGAGAAGGCCACCGGCAACCCCGACCACCCCUUCAGUAAAUUUGGAACAGGUAACAAAUUAACACUUGAAACCAGACCAUCUAAAGAAGGGAUCGAUAUCCGUCAGGAGCUCCUGAAAUUUCACUCUACAUAUUACUCUGCUAAUCUAAUGGGACUCUGCGUGUUAGGAAGAGAGUCUCUUGACGAAUUGACGUCCAUGGUGGAAAAGCUGUUUGGAGAAGUGGAAAACAAGAACGUCCCUGUCCCAGAAUUCCCUGAACAUCCAUUUCAGGAAGAGCACCUAAAACAAUUCUACAAAGUGGUUCCCAUCAAAGACAUUAGGAACCUAUAUGUGACUUUCCCCAUCCCAGACCUACAGAAGUACUACAAGUCUAACCCAGGACAUUAUCUCGGACAUCUGAUCGGUCACGAAGGACCUGGUAGUUUGUUAUCUGAGCUGAAAUCUAAAGGCUGGGUGAACACACUUGUUGGAGGGCAGAAGGAAGGAGCCAAAGGAUUCAUGUUCUUUAUCAUCAACGUGGAUCUGACAGAGGAGGGUCUCUUGCACGUGGAGGACAUCAUCUUCCACAUGUUCCAGUACAUCCAGAAACUUCGCACCGAGGGUCCUCAAGAAUGGGUGUUUGAAGAAUGCAAGGAUUUAAGCAAAGUAGCCUUCAGGUUCAAGGACAAGGAGCGACCCCGUGGCUACACCUCUAAAGUGGCAGGUUUACUCCAUUACUACCCUCUUGAAGAAGUUCUUGCUGCUGAGUAUCUUUUGGAGGACUUCAGACCAGAUCUGAUUGAGAUGGUGCUUGAUAAACUGAGACCAGAAAAUGUCAGAGUUGCUGUGGUUUCAAAGUCAUUUGAAGGUCAAACCGACCAGACAGAGGAGUGGUACGGCACGCAGUACAAGCAAGAGGCCAUUUCUGAAGAUAGCAUUAAGAAUUGGGCAAAUGCAGACCUGAACGGGAAGUUCAAAUUGCCGAUGAAAAACGAGUUCAUUCCAACCAACUUUGAAAUCUACCCUCUGGAAAAAGACACUCCUUCAGUUCCAGCUUUAAUCAAGGACACUGCGAUGAGCAAGGUGUGGUUUAAACAGGACGACAAGUUCUUCCUCCCGAAGGCAUGCCUGAACUUUGAGUUCUUCAGUCGCUACCUUUAUGCAGAUCCCCUGCACUGCAACAUGACCUACUUGUUACUGAGGUUACUGAAGGAUGAUUUAAAAGAGUAUACAUAUGCAGCCCGCCUGGCCGGGCUAGUGUAUGGCAUAGCCUCAGGGAUGAAUGCUGUCCUCCUUUCAGUCAAAGGUUACAAUGACAAACAGCACAUCCUGCUGAAGAAGAUCAUCGAGAAGAUGGCAACAUUCGAGAUAGAUGAGAAGCGCUUUGACAUCAUCAAAGAAGCAUACACGAGGUCUUUGAAUAACUUCAGAGCCGAGCAGCCUCAUCAGCAUGCCAUGUAUUACCUCCGCCUGCUCAUGACCGAGGUCGCCUGGACCAAAGAUGAACUCAGAGAGGCCCUCGAUGAUGUAACUCUCCCUCGCCUUAAGGCCUUCAUACCUCAGCUGUUGUCACGGUUACAUAUUGAAGCCUUGCUCCAUGGCAACAUCACCAAGGAGUCUGCUCUCGGCAUGAUGCAAAUGGUGGAGGACACACUCAUUGAGCACGCUCACACGAAGCCCCUCCUCCCGAGCCAGUUGAUUCGCUACAGAGAGGUGCAGGUCCCGGAUGGUGGUUGGUAUGUUUACCAGCAGAGAAACGAGGUUCACAACAACUGCGGCAUUGAGAUCUACUACCAGACAGACAUGCAGACCACCAACGACAACAUGCUGCUGGAGCUGUUCUGCCAGAUCAUCUCUGAACCCUGCUUUAAUACUCUGAGAACCAAAGAACAGCUGGGUUACAUCGUCUUCAGCGGGCCCCGUCGAGCCAACGGGGUGCAAGGCCUCCGCUUCAUCAUCCAGUCAGAGAAGGCCCCCCACUACCUGGAGAGCCGCGUAGAGGCCUUCCUCUGCAUCAUGGAGAAGGCUUUGGAGGAUAUGAACGAGGAAGCCUUCCAGAAACACAUCCAGGCCCUGGCCAUCCGGCGCCUGGAUAAGCCCAAGAAGCUGUCUGCUGAGUGUGCCAAGUACUGGGGAGAGAUCAUCUCUCAGCAGUAUAAUUUCGACAGAGAUAACAUUGAAGUUGCACAUCUGAAGACAUUGACAAAAGAAAACAUAAUGCACUUCUACAGAGAUCGGCUCACAGUCGAGGCUCCAAAGAGACACAAAAUGUCUGUUCAUGUCCUCUCCAGAGAGAUGGACUCCUGUCCGAUAGUGGGAGAGUUCCCUGCUCAGAAUGAUGUCAACCUGGCCCCUGCUCCUUCCCUGCCACAGCCCACACUCAUUCAGGACAUGACGGAGUUCAAGAGGAGCCUGCCUCUGUUCCCUCUGGUGAAGCCUCACAUCAACUUCAUGGCUGCCAAACUGUAAGCCAGGCCGGCCGGUGAGGACGGAGCGGUGCGACGCGACGGCAGCGUUUCCAACCUCCACCUUUCUCUCCCAACAGGGAAGAGGUUCACCUGAUGGAGACUGCAUGACUGUGUGUGAAUGUUUAAAUGAGUGCAUGUGUGGGAGCACGUGGCGGGAUGCUCAGUAACUAAAGAACCCCAAAGUUAGCAGUGGUCGUUUAAAUAGCUGUGAUAACCAUAACAGUCUCACCAGACUCACCUCAUAUUAAAGGAGACGCCACUCUCUCACGCUUCAGUGCUGUGUAGGCUGCUGUAGAACCAGAUCCCAUUAUGCAGGGGCUUCACCACUACGAGGCGCUUUCAUGUUCAACUCAGUAGCUCCAUGAAGGCGUUUGCCUUCACUGGUUGGACUGGUGUGUUCGACAUGUGAGUGUGAGGCACCGCAGCUCUUAAACGUCAUCACAGAAAACGCACUCAAGUCAGAACGACAUGUUUUAUUCAAAUGUACGCAUUUCCAAAGCCUUAUUCUAGUUUUUAAAGCCGUGCUUGCUUGGUGAGGGGUUUUCGCCUGUUACCUGGUAAAAUGUUGGGACCCUUGGAGGAGCUGCUUUUACCCCCUCAGUCAAGCUCCUGAGUUGUUUUUAGGAUUUUAUUGCAUGAAAUAGUUUGAUUCAAACACCUCAGGGGUAAAUCCAAGUUGUCUGUCGUUUUUUCCUUUUAAACACAUUCAUUUGUAUUAAGAACCUGUUGUUCGCUCAAACUCUGAUCAGAUCCAGGCUGUGGAGACCCUGGAUCUGCGUGGGUGAGACGCCCUGCUGCUUGUGCCUUUCCUGGGGGGGGACAUCAGUAAACCGGCCCUUGCAGUGUAACUGUGUGACUUUUUUUGUUUCUUUUCUGGUACCAGACACUUUGAUGUCGAGAAGAGCUGGAAUAAAAACAGCUCAAGGUUUAACAAGUAUUUCCUGAAAAAUAUGCACUUCUCUCACCAAGCAAUAAACGAAACGUUCCCGAUUGUGAAAGGUGUGAGGUUUUGUGCCGCGGGUUGUUGCUCUCUCAGGUGCUUUCAAAUACUUUCUCAACAUUUCAUUUUUCAGUUUGUACUCCACGCCUCACCUGGUCCUGCUUUAGCCUAAAGGAUUAAACGAGAGCUGAAUGUUUGGCCGCAUCAGAAGCUUCUUCAACGGUUUCCAGUAUUUUACUUCGUCUCAGCCAGAUUAUCUGUUAAAAGGCACUAUCACCUUUGUGGUGGAGCCCAAAGACAACAAGCAGCAGCAGCAUAUGAUGAAAAAGCAGUUUUCAGUGUACUAGUGAAAAUAUUAACAUUACAUAUCAGGCUUGGGUAGGGGCACAUACCUUGUUAAGUACUUAGAAAGUGGUUUAUAUUUAGAAGAUAUUUUUUCUUUUUUUGAAUGUUUUCAGCACCCAACUGAUUGGCUGGUUGGGUUUCCAUGACAGUGGAGAGGGCUGAUAAUUUUAGGUUUGAAGUUUUUAUGUUUUCAGUGUGUUUCUAAAUAAUAAACAAGUGAAUGGCA